AUGGAGGUAGACCCACCCACCUUGGUCGAGCCUUUGGAGGUCUCCUCUGCCACCUCUGGCCCAGCUGAGGGGGGUGACCCCGCCGCUGACGACCCGGCGGCCACGCGCCGUUCUCCACGCUUGGAGACCCCUCCUGGUUUUCCGCCUCAACCGUCUUCGCCGCCUCCGCAGCCUGUAGUUGUGGACUCUGGUGCUGCUGGGGGUGGUGACACAGGGGGUGAGGACUCUGGAGGUGCUGUCUCAGGGGGUGCUGAGACUGGGAGUGAGGGUUCUGGAGGUGCUGAUUCUGGGGGUGCAGGCUCUGGGGGUACUGCGAGUCCUAGUGGUGGUGGGGCUGUGGGUGGUCCUGCUGCAGGUCCUGGCGUUGGACAGCAGCAGCCGCCUAGUGCUGGAGCUGCUGGUGCUGGAGGCACUGCUAGAGGUGCUGGAGCUGCUGGUGCUGGAGGUGCUGGAGCUGCUGCCUGUGCUGGAGGUGCUGCUGGUGCUGGAGGCGCUAGAUCUGGAGGUACUGGAGGUGCUGGAGCUAUUGGGGCUGGAGGUACUGGAGGUGCUAGAGCUGCUGGUGCUGGAGGUGCUAGUGCUGGAGGUGUUGGAGCUGCUAGAGCUGGAGGUGCCAGAGCUGCUGGUGCUGGAAGUGCUAGUGCUGCUGGUGCUGGAGGUGCUGCUGGAGCUGGAGGUGCUGGAGGUGCUGGAGUUGCGGGCACUGGAGGUGCUAGAGCUGGAGGUGCUGGAGCUGGAGGUACUGGAGGUGCUGGAGGUGCUAGAGCUGCUGAUAGUAUGGAUAUUGCGCCGCGCCGACCGUUUUUCUACCCGCAGCCGAAGUCGUCCCUGCCACCGCUUGGCUCGGCCCUUCGCCAGCGUGUUGCCCUGCCGUCUCCUUCGGCGUCCUCUCUUCCUGGCGUUCCUGACCCUGAGUCCGACCUUGCUCGUGCUGCAAGUCCUAUUGUCACUCGUCUCCUCGCCACUGUCGUCACUGACCAUUUCUUUGAGUAUACUGCUGCGUUUUCCCUAGCCACUGAGCUAGUCGAAUUUGCUGCUACCCGUCGUCUCAAAUACGUCGCGAGCCUUGUUACUGAGUCUGAGUCUAUCUGUCCUCCGUCAGUCGGGGGUGAGCUUGCCCUUGCCAAUGACGUCCUUGAGGACAGUCAGUUUGAUCUUGAGUGUCUUGAGGCCGCUUUACCUCGUUUCGCAUCCAUGCUGCUUUGCCCUGAGGGAGACCCGGACGCACUUGACAUCCCCACCCCGCGCUCUUACGCAGAGGCGAUCUCGGGUGAGUACUCCUCUCAGUGGCAGACAGCAAUGGACGCAGAGAUGGCUUCCUGGAAGUCCACAGGCACCUACGACGACAAGGUUCCCCCUCCUGGGGCGAACAUAGUCGAUGGCAUGUGCAUUUUCAGGGCGAAGCGGCCGCCAGGUUCUCCGCCUGCCUUCAAGGCGCGUUACGUUGCUCGAGGCUUCAGUCAGCGACAGGGGGUCGACUUCUUCCAGACCUUCUCUCCCACCCCGAAGAUGACUACUCUUUGGGUGUUGCUACACGUUGCAGCACAGCAUGACUAG